AUGUCUAAGCGCCGGUCCUCGACCGGACUGCCCCCGAAUUUCCGAUACCCACUGAUUACUCCCGACAACGAGCGCGACUCCUUCAUUGACUAUGACGCCUACGAUGGGGAGACUGGCCGCUCGCGCGACCACCUGACCCAUCCAACCUACCAGCCCCGCGACCUCAGCCCCUCGCCCCAGGUUGUGCGAGUCGCAAAGCAGCCCCAGAUGAUAAGAAAACAAUCGCUACGCCCGUUCUCCGGCGACUGGGGCACAUUCGAGCAAGUCGCAGGCGCGGGCAACGACCCAAACUCAAAACUCCCCGGCUCAUUCCAAGACACAGACGCAGAAGACGAUAUAAUCAUGGGACCCGAGGUUUUCGAAGCCGUUCCACGCAAUAAUGUCUAUUCGCGCUCCGCUGAGAUCGCCGCCGCCGACUUAUACUCGGACGAGUCCGACGAGAAUCUGGAUUUCGGGCACGAUGAGCCCCUCGUGUUCCCGCAGCUUCCAUUAGAGGAUGUUGUUCUCGAGGUUUCUUAUAUCUUGCGCACGAGAUCCAGUCCCCCAAAUGAGGGGUUCGCGUAUGUGUUUUCGGACCCCACCGGGCGCAAUAAGUUCUAUCAGAUCGGGAGCGCGAAGAAGGUUUCGCAGCGGACGAACGAGCAUCGCAAUAUCUGCAAUCUUUCUUACUUCCGGGCGCAGAAAAAGCCCACUAGUCCUCUUCGGCAGUAUAAGCGGCUCGAAAAGCUGGCGCAGGCGGAGCUUAUCAAUAUGAGCUAUGAUCCUAACUGUGCCUGUGAGGCCAAGCAGCAACAGCCAUGCUUCUGGGGAAGAGAGCAGACGGCUUUUGAUAUUCUGGAUUUCUGGUCCAAAUGGCUUGUUAAGAACUCCCCAUACGAUAAGAAUGGCCAUCUGCUGCCAUUUUGGGAGCAACGACUUCGACUCUUCGAAGCCAAUAUUCCAAAAUACUUUGACUGCCAGGGGUCGAAAUGUAUCAAGCGCACAACGGACACGGUUGCUUGUCCGAUAUGCAUGCGGACCGGAUGGAGAGCAUGGGCCGAACCCUCAGGGCGCGAUAGAAUUGAAUUCGCCUCUCAGGCGCAUAUCGGGAAUCCCUGGGCUAACAAAGCCCUACUUUACUUGCACCAAUAUAUUCCCAUCGAGGAUCACGUUUGGGAGAAAGUGAUUGACGGCAUGUCUCGGGCGGCAGAUAUGACUGAGCGGUUCAAGAACCCGGCGUUGCUUCUCAACCUGCUGUACAUCAGGCUGCUCUUACCCAUGAUCUGGUCUACAUUCUUCACUAGGAGCUCCUAUAUAUCCUUUAUUGGGACGAUGGAAAUCCUGAUCUUUUCCGGCUUCUAUCUACUCGUGAGGUUGGAGCUUGCCCAUCUCUCCGGGAAACGACGUACCACAGAUAGGCCAGGCAAAGACAACCGUGCGGUUCGCCGAAAGGCACUCCCGGCUGGUUCUGAAAAGCUCGUUGAUGAAGUGAUCGGAGGGAAAUCUACAAAGGAGCCGAGAGUUGUUGAGAUCCCAGAGGACCACGUGCCGACUGUGCUGAAGCAAGCAACAGCAUCGAGUUCGGGCAAAGCCUCCAGCAAGAAGAAGGAACCGGUGUCAGUGCUAUUCCCCGGCGAAGCCGCUGCGCGGAUUAAGAGGCUUAAGCCUGGCAGACGGAGAAGCGAUUUUGUACUGUAUAGAGGACAUUUUUGUUGCCUUUUUUUUUUUUUUUUUUUUUUUUUUUUACUUCACUCUGUAUUUACGUACCUAGCGCCCAUGUACCCCUCGCCGAACUCCGCCGGCCGCUCGGACGAAGAGACGCGGCAGCAGAGUAAGCGCACUGCUCGGGCCUGCGAUGCCUGUUAUAAGCGGAAGAUAAAAUGUGAUGCGGCAUUGCCUCGGUGUAACUGGUGUAGCCACCAUGAUACCCCAUGCACUUUUGAGCGCAAGAUCCGCCGGACGCGCAAGCGGGCUGGUGUUGCGAGAGAGUCUGCGGGUGCCCCAGGAUCUCAGCUUUCCGAACGGAUUGCUAGAAUUGAGAAGCUACUUUCCGAGAAGCUUCCCCAAGAACAACCUGAUUCACCUGUUCCGCAACAGCUGCAGUCUAUGACCAGCGGUCUCAAGUUGGAUUAUACACCAAGUCCGCCUUCAAUUCUACCAUCAAUUCAGCAGUCAUCUACGUCUUCUUCGGCCCCACUACAUUUCGCCGGGAAAGAACUAGGUGCAAUCAGUUUAUUCACUGGUAUUCCAUUUCUCCUACCUGAGGGCCAGGAAUGGGUACGAUCACGAACGGGCCAGAAGCUUGCCUUUCAAGGGUUCACCUCGACCCGGGCUCCGUGGGAAAAGCAACGAGGGCAAAGUUCCGGUACCAUGCUGGCAUACGUCCAGGCACCGAAUGCCUUUGACCUUCCCGAUCGCGAUCUUGUUGAGCGGAACUUCAAUGUUUAUCGCACCUCCUUGAUGCAACGAGUCUUUCCGGUUGUUGACCCUGUGCUUUUUUGGACGACUAUCAAUUCUGCGUACAAGGACCGCGAUUCGGGGUCGGACAGUUCGCAUGUCAGUUCAAAGGCAUGUAUCUUCGCCUUUUCAGCGUUUGUGUCGCUGCUGUGCAAUCCAUGUCUCCUCAGUCAAGGGCGAAAAAUGCCUUACUUUGAUGAGGAAGCCUGUUCGGCGAAAGCGCGGUACCUUUUGUGUCAGGUUUUACAAGAGCCUCCCACGUUAGACGGCUUACAGGCUAUUACAAUGUUGGCACUGUUAGAACUGGUUUCGGGUAAUUUACAGUCUGCGAAUUACUACGGAUCGAUAUCGGCUCGCAUGAUAUUCAUGCUCGGAGGUCAUAUAUUCACCAACCAACACUCCUGGGUACCGAGGUCAUCGACAGAUACCGAUUCGAGAAUCAAGGCGCACCUCCGGAAUUUGUUUUGGCUCUGCUAUACCAUUGAGCAGGACGUCUCCUUGAGAACGGGACAAGCCCAGCUGUUCUCCGAAGACAACUGCGACCUGUCACUGCCCCCGGCUUACGUAGAACAAAUGUACGCCAGUUUAGAAUACCAUCAUAACUCCAAUGACCUACCCGAGAACCCAAUAUUCCCCAUCGACCUACGACUCAGUGUCAUCAGAGCGCGAGCAUACAGCGCCCUCUACUCAUUCAAAGCGAUGAAAAAGACCGACGCAGAAAUCCUAAAGGACAUCCGUGAAUUAGAUGACGAGCUGGAGCGCUGGCGCCUUUCCGUCCCCCCCAAAUGGAGACCAACCUUAUCCUUCUCUCACGAAACACCCGACCCAAACUGCAACAUGCACUCCGUCAUUCUCCGCCUCAAUUACCACCUCUGCAUGACCAUCAUCCACCAGGCCAGCAGCCGCUGUAAGUCCUGGGCAACGCAAGGCUGCGUCAUGGACGGUGUAAGCUCCAGCCUUGCACUCUCUGUCGAAGCAAGCCGCUCCACGCUACUCUACCUCGAGACAUCAGGACACGUCCUCGUCGAUGGUGUUUUCUGGACCCUAAUAUUCUACCCCAUGUCCGCACUCCUCGCCAUCUUCUGCAACAUCCUCCAACACCCGGCAGAGCCACAAGCAUCCAAGGAUCUGGCCCUCCUAAAGAGUGCAACAGGGAUGCUAGAGCGUGUCUUCCUACGACAGGCAUUUUCAGUCAAUGAACUCGUGCACGUCCAGCUUGUGGCGGAUUUCGUGAAUGAGCUGUGUCGGCUCGCGAACUGUGCUAUGGAUAAGGCCUGGAAGGAGCGUACUAGUGGGACUGCUACGCCGACUACUUAG